AUGGUGGAGAAGGUCUACGUUACCUACACCGACCAAAUCCUCAAUGACUUCAAGCCCAACCUCAUGAUCGCCAUUGGGGGCGGCGGAUACGUUCCAGCACGCAUCCUCAGGUCCUUCCUCAAGAAGCCCGGCAGCCCGAACAUUCCCAUCCAAGCAAUCGGCCUAUCGCUCUACGAGUCACUCGGAACGGAUUCUCAGGUCGAGCAACCCGGCACCAAGGUCACCCGAACUCAAUGGCUGGAUCUCAGCAGUCUGGAGAUGGCGAACUUGAUCGGCAAGAACGUUCUCAUCGUUGACGAGGUCGAUGAUACUAGGACCACGCUUGAGUACGCGGUCAAGGAACUCGAGAAAGAUGUUGCCACAGCUGCCAAGCAAGCUGGUCGGGCCGGCGAGAGCACCAACUUCUCGAUCUUCGUUCUACACAACAAGGACAAGCAGAAGAAGGGUCGUCUUUCAGAGGACAUGAUGAAGAGUGGGAUGUACUUGGCUGCGGUGACUGUGGGAGAUGUGUGGAUCAACUAUCCCUGGGAGGCGACGGACAUUGAAGAGCACGACAAGAUGGCAGAGAAUCAGGCCGCUCAGUGA